CGAGAGCGAGAGAGAGAGAGAAGUGGAAGAGACAGAAGCAGAGCUCAGAGCUCAGAAGUGGUUUAUAAGGUUCAAGGCUUUUCUAUUUUCUCAAGUUAUUAAGUUCAGAAGAUGGAGGAAAUCAUGGUGAACUACGAGAUUAGAACUUGUGGCUUUGUGUAGGCUCUUGUCACGGAACCCUACUCAGCUGAUUCAUAGGGUUUCGUUCGUUCCUUCUUUCACUUCGGCUCUCUUCUUUUCUUCUCAACUUUUUUUUACUACUUCUUUUGCCUGAAAAAUGAGCAUGGGUACUCGGGAGUUGAUUGCCGGAAAUCUGGAACGGGCGAGGAAGAGGAAAGGUGGUGUCAGGACGAAACAGGCAGGAAGAGGAUCGUGCCGUGGGAGUUAGACCAGAAUCUGUCCGCCGGAGUAUUCAUAGAUUCCGGCACUGAAGUUCUUUAGUUGUUGUUGUUCUUAACUUUACUGUGUUCAGUUCACUUUUCGAGAUUUCUUCGCUGGAGGCGAUGGGGUUCUUGUUAAAAGAAGCUCUGAAGUGUCUCUGCGGCGAGAAUCAGUGGUCGUACGCUGUUUUCUGGAAAAUCGGUUGCCGGAAUCCGACGCUCUUGGUUUGGGAAGAAUGUCAUUACGAGCCUGCACGGUACUCUUCUCUACUGGGCAUUUCUGGACUUGAGAGCACAGAAGUGCUUCUCAAAGAGUGGGAAGAACUUGGGAGUUUCCCUGAAACUCAGCUUUAUCGGCUUGGAUGUCAAGUUGAGGACCAAGUUUGUUCUCUCAUUAAGAUGAUGAUGACUAACCAGGUCCAUGUCGUUGGAGAAGGAAUAGUUGGACGUGCUGCUUUCACUGGAUGUCAUCUGUGGAUUCAUCGAGAAAACGGCAUGGGGGAAGGUCAUCCAUCUGAGGUUAUGGCUGAGGUGAACCACCAAUUUUCAGCUGGCAUGCAGACAGUUACAGUCAUUCCUGUGCUUCCACAUGGUGUCGUUCAGCUUGCUUCCACAUCAACGAUAAGGGAGAAUAUGGGUUUUGUGAACAACGUGAAGAGUUUAUUUACACAACUAGGAAGUGUGCCUGACGCUCUCUUAUCUAAUAGUUAUGUGAAGCAAGAUCCUUGCCAGAAGAUUGAAGUACCCAUCUCUCCAAGUGUACCUGUCUUGGCAGACCAAACUUUUUGUAAAAUGGCAAAAUUUGCUCCGCUUGUAGGUGACAGCUUUAAUCAACAAAUCCUCUCAUCUCAAGCUUCGGGAGUUGCCCUCCAAUCUUCUCAGUCUUUAAUUACACAGAAUCAGGACAAUAUGCCAGCUAAUACUUCAACAUUGCGAACCACUUCUAGUGUGGCUCCAUCUACUUUCAAAUCUCUUCAUGACCUCGUCCAGGCGACGGCUCUCCCACCGAGGAAGUCAAAUGUUCCUCUCAUUGGUCGACAAGAAACUGCAUCCACCGGCUCUGAAGUGUUCCCUUCCAGUUCAGCUGGGCAGUUUAACCCACAGAGUUUUCCAUAUGAUCCAUGUUCCCGAUCUGGUCACCAAUCUACACUUGGGCAAUCGAGUGUAAGUUAUAGUGGCCUAACAUUUAUGGAACAACAGAUCCUGUCAGGUAAGGGGUUAAGGGGCCCUGUUAACCAUAGUUUACCUGCAUCAAACAGCAGUGCUACAGAAGUAAGGACCAUCAGAGCUGGUGUAUCUAAUUAUUUGAAAGGUUCUGAUACUACUUCCUUGCUUGGAGGAAGUGAGUUACCUAAUGCUGGAAGUGGUCUUCAAACACUGACCUCAGAUAUGCGCACACGUUCAAUCCCAUAUAGAUCAGCUGACAUAAAGUCUAAUUGCAUUCCUCAAGAGGGAAAUGGUUUUCGGUCUAAUUCAUCCAACACAAAGGCUGUUUCCUUGUCCACCCAUGCAGAUCAAUCAAAUACAAGUGACAUGCUUCGAGGGAGUUCCCAUCAAAGCCAUUCCUCCACUGAUGGAAAGCAUGAUCAAACUGAGUUUUCUGUAAGAGAACAUGGAAUGGAGAAGGAUUUGUUUCAGGCCUUCAAUAUCCCACCAGGAAAUCAGGAUUGUUGCAUUUCUAGAAGUGGGACCAUGUCUGCCAUUAUUCAAGACUGCCUGGUGACUAGUCAGGAGUGUGAGAGGGGAACUGCAGCUCCACAACCUGUCUGUGAGGAUGCAUGUGUUCGACAUUCUUCAGGUGAAGACUUGUUUGAUAUCUUGGGUCUUGAUUUUAAAAGCAAACUAUUAUGUGGCACUGGAAGUGAUGCAAGUGUGCACAGUUUGGGUACAGACAUUUCCAUGUGUCUAACGCAGAUAGAUGCUGGUUCUGAUUUUUAUGCGAUAAAUGAUGGGAUCUCAGAAAGUGGGAUUUUUUCUGAAGCUGGGACUGACCAUUUGUUGGAUGCUGUGGUUUCAAAGGUUCAGACUACUUCUAAGCAGAAAAUCGAUGAUAAUGUGUCUUGCAGGACGUCAGUGACAAAGUUAAGUAGCUUUUCAGUUAUCUCGGAUGCUCCUACAUCUGGCCAUGUUAGUAUUUCUGAUCAGAUGAAGAUAGAUAUGUUUGGUCUGCCUCCACCUCCUACGACGGUAGAAUUAGCGAGAUCAAGUUCUUUUAAAUCUGGAUGUAGUGUGGAUAAUGCUGGUGGGUCUCAAACGAACCCAAUUUAUAGAUCUCAAAUCAGUUUAUGGAUGGAAGAUGGCCAGAACUUGAAGCAAGAAAAUAGUAUCUCAACUGCCAAUUCUAAGAGACCCGAUGAAACAGGGAAAGCAAAUCGCAAAAGGCUUAGACCUGGAGAGAGCCCUAGACCUCGGCCAAAAGAUCGUCAGAUGAUCCAAGACCGUGUGAAGGAGUUGCGGGAGAUUGUACCUAAUGGUGCAAAGUGUAGCAUUGAUGCACUGCUUGAACGUACUAUUAAGCACAUGCUCUUCUUGCAAAGUGUGACAAAGCAUGCAGAUAAGCUAAAGCAAUCCGGGGAAUCCAAGAUUAUCAGUAAGGAGGGUAGGCUGCUAAUGAAGGACAAAUUUGAGGGAGGGGCAACCUGGGCAUAUGAAGUUGGUUCCCAAUCCAUGAUCUACCCAAUCAUAGUAGAGGAUUUGAAUGCUCCUCGUCAGAUGCUUGUGGAGAUGCUUUGUGAAGAUCGUGGUUCCUUUCUAGAGAUUGCUGAUAUAAUCCGAGGAUUGGGAUUGACCAUUCUGAAGGGCGUGAUGGAAGCUCGGAAUGACAAGGUGUGGGCGCACUUUGCAGUAGAGGCAAACAGGGAUGUCUCAAGGAUGGAAAUAUUUCUGUCGCUUGUUCACCUGUUAGAGCAAGCUGGAAAGGGUAGUUCACCAGCACUGAAAGGCUUUGAUAGCAGCAGCCUGAUGGUGCAUAACACUUUCAACCAAGCAUCCAUACCUGCGACAGGUCCAUGUAAUAGCUUGCAGUAAGCUACCUUGUAUUAUCUUUCUUGAAUCUGGGCAUGUUGAGAGCGGGCUUGGUCUUUUUACCUGCCAUGACUGACAUGAAUUCCAGUCUCUCAGGUGAUUCCAAACUCUUAAUUGAUUCGUCCUCUGUGAAUUGGACUGUUAACUGACCUCAGUAGAGUGAGUGAAGCUGUUUAGGUGGUUGUUAGCUCUUCAAACCUGUAGAAUGGAUUUUACCAUAAAAUGUUACUUGAAAUGUGCUGAUGAACAGUUUGCUCCAAAAAUCAACUAUCCGUACCUCAGAAUUUUGUGCAGGACUUUGAUUGGUUGGUCAUGGAGGAGGAAAGGGGGGGGGGGGGGACCUUUCUUUUUCUUUUUGGUGGGCAUUGGUAUUGGGGUGUUACUGGCUUGUUAUAGUUAUUUGGGAGCAGUGGUAUGGCUGUCUCUGGUUUUAUAAAUGUAAAGAAUGGGAAAAAGUGGGAUACAAGAAUGGAAGGGUUGGGGUGUAUAUUUAUCAAGCCUUAGAUUGUGGGCAGGUUUCCUACACGAUAUAUUAUGUACUUUGGUUGUGUUUUAUUGAGUGGUCGGUUGUCUUUAUCUUCA